CCUCCCCAAACCUCUCCAUUUCCAAGCAGCUAGCACAUUUCUUCCUUCCUUGACCUUUAAAUUCCUCCUCUCCAUUGUCAAAAUGAUGGGUAGGCAAAGUGUCGUUUUGUUGGGAUUUAUGAUCUGCAUUGUCAUAGCUGGAGUUGGUGGUCAAGCACCUCCAACACCUACAACCCAAGCACCACCAACACCCAACACCCAAGCACCACCAACACCCAAUACCCAAGCACCACCAACACCCAACACCCAAGCACCGCCAACACCCAAUACCCAAGCACCACCAACACCCAACACCCAAGCACCACCAACACCUACUACUACACCAGCUCCUCCUACACCUACUAACCAAGCACCACCAACACCCACUAACCAAGCUCCCCCUACACCCACUAACCAAGCACCACCAACACCCACCACCCAAGCUCCUCCCACACCCACUAACCAAGCACCACCUGCGCCUACCCAAGCUCCACCAACACCUACUGGUUCUCCUCCUCCAGUUAACACCCAAACGCCGCCUGCUUCACCACCUCCUGUUGUAACUUCUCCACCACCAGCACCAGCUACUCCUCCUCCGCCAGUGAACUCUCCACCUUCACCUGCGCCAGUUGUAUCAACUCCUGCUCCCGCUCCUGCGAAGAAAUUAACUUCUCCAGCACCAUCUCCUUUGGGCUCGAGUCCUCCCUUACCUCCCGCUGGUUCUCCAGCCCUAGCCCUAUCCCCGAGUCUUGGAGCUUUAACUCCUGCAGCUACUGAUCAGAGUGGAGUGGAGGGCCUAAAGUUGUCAACAAUGGUUGUGGAAAGCUUGGUCUUAGGAUGGGGUCUACUCUGCUUUCUAAUGUAGAACUCUCUUUUCAUCCUGCAUCAUUUGUUUUAAUUUGCUUCUAUAUGUAUGAAUUGCUAUCUCUUUCUUUAGCUUAGGAUGAUGAUGAUGGCCCAUUUCCUUGCCUGUACUUGGAUUAUACAUUCACUUGGAUUUUUUUGGAGGAUCUUGUUAAGGGAGCUUAAUUUUUGUAUUUUGAGAGGAUUGUUUUUUAAUUGAAAUUUCUAUAUCUUGUUUUA